UGCUGCGCUCACGUGACCCCGCCCUGCGGGAGCCAAGGCGCGAUUCAGCUCCCGCAGCCCGAGGGGGGGGGGCCCGUUGUGCCCACACACCCCAGCCCGGCUCGACCAUGCUGUCCCGCCUGCUCAAGGAACACCAGGCCAAGCAGAAUGAACGCAAGGAGCUGCAGGAGAAGAGGAGGCAAGAGGCCAUCACCGCAGCGACCUGCCUGACCGAAGCUUUGGUGGACCACCUCAAUGUGGGUGUGGCCCAGGCCUACAUGAACCAGAGGAAGCUGGACCAUGAAGUGAAGACCCUACAGGUCCAGGCUGCCCAGUUUGCCAAGCAGACAGGCCAGUGGAUUGGAAUGGUGGAGAACUUCAACCAGGCACUUAAGGAAAUUGGGGAUGUGGAGAACUGGGCUCGGAGUAUCGAGCUGGACAUGCGCACCAUUGCCACUGCCCUGGAAUACGUCUACAAAGGGCAGCUUCAGUCCGCCCCGUCCUAGCCUCUCUCCACCCUCCCAGACGGGAGGGAGACUGGUAGGGCCAUCAAUAAAACACAAGCUUACAUUCUA